CACGAUCCCGCCUGUGACGCGAAAUGGUGAUUAUCGUUAAAGUUUUCUCGUCUUCCAUGCAUUUUAUCAUUGGAAGACACUGAUUUCUGUGGUUUGUUUAUGUUAGUUGUAAAAGUUUAUAUUUACUAUUUUUCAGUUUUAUGCAAUCAUAAAAGAUUUUAAAUAUGGGUACUAGAUCAAAGGAUAGGAUUAAAACAAUAAUUUCCAAGGAAAUAUUAAAUAUACAUAAUUAUUCCUUAGAUGUUCAGAAGUCUGUUAAGAACAGUUUAGAAGAUACUUUAGAUUACUUACGUAGUUUAAUUUCUCAAAUACCAGAGUCAGCUUCUGGACCUUUAAUUACAAAAACACCAAAAGUUCCAAGGAAAAGAGACAUUCAACGUAUUGAAACUAUUCCAGAAAAUGAUGUUAUGAUUAUUGACAAUACAGUAUCAAAUUCUACUAUAAUACAGGAUAAAACUGAGAUUGUAGAAGAAAUAGUAAUUGGUCGAAUUAAAAGACAAGCUUCAAAGAAAGCUGCAGAUAAUAUUAAAAAACAGCAAUCAUUAUCACUUAGUACUAAAUUACGAAGACCAACAACUCCUGUUGAUAAUAAUAGAAAUAGCAAACGUGAAAGCCGAUUUAAAAGGAAGAAAAGUCCUAGAAACAGUUCAGAUGAAGAAAGCAUGCAAGCUCCCACAAAACAUAGUAAAAUAGAAGAGAAUAUUUUAAGUGAAACUAUAUCAAAGAAAAUUGCAGACACAAAUUCAGAUAAUCAUCCCUCUAUAAAAGAUCAUCUUUCUGUAAACGAUGUAAUAACAGAAGAAAAAAUAGAACCAUUAAGAUCUUCAAUGACAACAAGAAGCCAUAGUAAUAGUAGAAAGAGAACUUUAUCAGAAAAUGGAAACAUAAAGAAUAAAAAUUCUAAUAUCAUUGAUGAUACAGUAAUUGCACCAACAGGAAAUGAUAUUGAAGAACCUUCAAUAUAUGAAGAUGCAAUUGGAAAACCUACUCCUAUUAUGAAUUCUACAAUGAAUCUAAAUUCUACUUUUUCACAAAAAAUGAUGAAUGCUACUGUAGUUUUAGAACCUCUAUCAGCAAUAAAAUUAAACGAAACUGUAACAAUUAAUAAAAAAUUGGUGGAUAGCAUAAAAAAGAGUAAUGAACAAAAAAUAACUGAGUCAAAAGCUGAAUUUAAACCUCCCAAAUUACCUAAUUUGAAAUCACGUUCGUCUAUAAUUUUGCAGGAUAAAAUGCAACAGCUAAAAAAAGCAAUGGCGAACCAAGAAUUUGAUGAAUUAUUUACAGAUGACCAAUCAUCUCCUGAAGCGACAAAGCCAAAGGGAAAUAUUAAGAAACAAGAAAUUAAAAAACGAAAAAUGAAACGUCAAAUCGGAUCAUUGCCAUCAAGUGAGGAUGAAAUACUUAAUACUCCACCAAAACCAACUUUGAAGCAAAUGAAUACAGUUACAGGAUUCCAAGAAGUAAAAAAUAUAUAUAAAUCGAAUGCUUUAUUCAGUCCAUAUGCCAAGGAAUCAGUGAAAAAAAGAGUCGAGGCAUUUGAGCAGGCAGGUAAUACUCCAAAACUCACUGUGGAUGUUGAUGCACCUAGAAUAACUAGAACAAAAACACGUGCUAAAGCACGUGCAGAGAAAGAAGCUUUAGAAAAUGCAAAUAUAGCAGAAAAAGCCGUUACUCAAAAAUUAGCACGGAAAUCGCUUGCAAAAGCUAAGAAAAUUUCAUUAGCAAAACAGACUAAGGAUAUAAACGAUAAAGAUAAAGAGAAUAAGUUGCAUUCAGAACAAAAGAUUAGUAAAUUAAUUUUUGAAAAAAUAAAUUGCAAACAACAACAGAAGACGACUCCAUUAAGCAAAGCAAAAUCUCAGUUGCCAAUGUCUGUUAAUCGUAUUCCUCAUACUCCAGCAAAUCAAAUUAAUGUGAAUCCCAACAAAGCUUUAAGUGUCACUCGUUCAAAUAUCAUUACAUCGGUGGAAUCUUUAAUUCCAACUACAAAAUUAAUGAAUAAACGUAAUUCAUUGGAUAAAAUGGAUGAAAAGAGAAAAAAAUUGAAUGAUGAAGAUGCGAGGAAAAAACGAGAAGAAGCAUUAAGGCUCCAAACGGAAGAAAAAAGAAGGAAAAGGCAAGAAAAAGAAUUAAGAAAUAAAUUAGCUAGAGAGGCAAAAGAAAAACAAGAUAUGGAAAAACGUCAAAGAGCUGAAAAAGAAAGAGAAGAAAAAGCACGAUUAGCACAACAAAUGCAAGAAAAACAACGCGAAGAAAUGGAAAAGAAACGUUUAGCUCAAUUACAACGUGCCCAGGAAAAGGAAGAGAGAAGGAAACAAGAAGAACAACAACGUUUACAACGUUUACAAGAACAAGAAGAAGCGGAACGUAUAUUAGCUGAACAAAGACGUCGCGAACAGGAAGCUGAAAAGCGAAAAGAAGCUGAACAACGAGCCCAACAUCAAGCUGCAGCUGAAGCAAUAAAAGCUAAGCAUCAGAUGCUUAUGUCACAGAUAAAAUAUGGGAACAAACAUCAGGGUCCAACCACUUAUGUUUUGGAUAGUGAACCUGAUGACGAUGAUUCAGAUGAUGAAUCCAAACCAAAACAUAUAAUUCCAUAUUGGGCACAAUCGCACGUUCGCAAAGUUCAACUUGCCAUGCAACGAUACAUUCCGGAGAAAGCAAUUUAUAAAUUCUUUGACACCAAGAAAUGUACACCAGAUUUAACUCAAAUGUUUCAAGGUAUAGAUAGGAGUAGAUUAAAACGUACAUCCAGUGCAAUCUGGAAAACACCACCACGUUAUUCCAUGAUGGGAGUCGAAUAA